AUGCCCCCCACGGAAACCGAAACUGUUGCGACUGUACAGGUUGUAGCAGAAGAAGACUUGGAACAAUGGCAGAAAGACCUGCAGCGUGAUGGGUUUGCUGUCGUCAAGGGCGCUGUUUCCCCCGAGGCGGCAAACAUUUGCGCAGAAAAUAUGUACUCCUGGCUGGAAGGAUUUGGCCUUGGCUUUGACCGAAACGAUCCGUCGACCAUUCAUGCGGAUAAAUUGCCCGUCAUAAAUGAGAAGGGCAUGUGUCUUAAUUAUGCUGUUAGCCAUGAAGAGUUUGUGUGGAGGAUUCGAUCAGAGCCCGGCGUUGUUGAUGCGUUCCGUAAGGUAUACGGCGAAAAGGAUGUGAUUGUUUCGUUCGACGCCGUCAAUUUCGCAUUCCCAAACCGCACGGAUCUUCCUCCCAAUAAACCAUGGCCACACCAAGAUCAGAACCCAAAGAAACCAGGACUCCGGUUGAUGCAAGGGCUAGUCAAUAUACUACCUAACGGUCCUAAGGACGGAGGCCUCAUUGUUUGUAAAGGGGCCCACUUAUUGAGCGAACAAUUUCACAAAGAGAUGUCAUGGGAAGACCCAAUCCCUGCAUGGAACCCGGAAUGGUAUGGCUUCACGGAACGAGGCAUGCAAUGGCUAGCAGACCACGGCUGUGAAUGGGUGAAGGUCACUGCGGACCCAGGAGACUUGCUUCUCUGGGAUAGCCGGACACCCCAUUACAAUCUACCACCCGAGGGCACCACACCACGAUUCUGCAUCUACACAUGCUACCAGCCGGUAAAGGACGUCACCCAGGAACAGCUGAAGAAGAAGAAGGCUGCAUUUGAGUCAUGGCUUGGAACAACCCACUGGCCCAACGCACAACAUGUAGGCUCAAACAGGGCAACACGAAACGGAAAGGAUGAUUUUUAUAACCGAUCGGAGCCAAUUAACAAACCUAUCCUGGACGAAGAAGCGUUCAAGUUGACGGGCAUACCCUUUAUUCAACCCGAGGCAUGA